AUGACUGACAACAACAACACCAAGACCCUCGAAGCCAUCAAAUAUACCAGAGGUGAUCUUCGCAUCCUCAAUCAACUCGUCUUGCCUCAUGAGACCAUCUUUGAAACUGUGUUGAAUGUUCAAAAUGGCCAUGCUGCCAUCAAGACCAUGAAGACUCGUGGUGCUCCUGCCAUCGCUAUUGUCGCUGCUCUUUCUUUGGCUGUCGAUGUCAAUGCUCGCUUCGAGCAAGGUGAAUUCGAAACUGUCGAUCAAGCCGUCAAAUUCUUGUUGGAGUCAUUAGAAUACCUCAAAACAUCUCGUCCUACCGCCGUCAACUUGUUUGAUGCUGCUGCUAAGCUCGAACAUCUCAUCAACACUACAGCUAAAACUGCUCAAGAACCUGUUACUGUCGUUACUGCUUACAUUGAAGCUGCUGAACAAAUGUUGAUUGACGAUGUUAAGGACAACAAGAACAUUGGUAAAUUCGGUGCUGAUUACAUUGUUGAAAAUGCAAAGAAUCCCAAAAAUAUCAGCGUCUUGACCCAUUGUAACACUGGAUCUUUGGCUACUGCUGGUUGGGGCACCGCCUUGGGUAUCAUUCGUGAUCUCCACAAGAACAACAAGCUCGAACAUGCCUACUGUACAGAAACUCGCCCUUACAACCAAGGCUCUCGCUUGACCGCCUAUGAACUCGUAUAUGAGCAAAUCCCUGCUACUUUGGUCUGCGAUAAUAUGGCUUCUGCUCUCUUGAAACAAAACCCCAAUGUUCAAGCCAUCGUGGUGGGUGCUGAUCGUGUUGCUGCUAAUGGUGAUACUGCCAACAAGAUUGGUACCUAUCAAUUAGCCAUCACUGCCAAACACCAUGGCAUUUUGUUUAUUGUGGCUGCACCUUCCACCUCAAUCGAUCUCAAGACCAAGAGUGGAGAUGAUAUUCCUAUUGAACAACGUCCUGCUGAAGAAUUAGUUACAGUUGCUGGUGUGCGUGUGAAUGAUAAUGAGCCUACUACUAUUCGUACAGCUGCUGCAGAAAUUGGUGUUUGGAACCCUAGUUUCGAUGUUACUCCUGCUAGUUUGAUUUCGGCUAUUGUCACUGAGCAAGGUGUGGUGGUAAAGAAGGAGGGAGAAGAUGUGUUUGAUAUGGCUGCUUUUCUUAAAUAA